UGAGAAUACAAGAUCACUCCUUGAAGACAUUCUUAAACCUGAUAUCUACCACAAGACCCAGUCCUUAGCCCAGUCCAGUCGCCACCAACUCAACGAAAAAUUCAAGGCAACUCACAUCAACAAGUUCUCUCAACUAUGUGUACAACGCUCAGCCCAGAAAGAUGUCCAGGCACCUAUUUCAAGAACCACUAACAAUAACACAGUCGUCAACUUAAGCAAACAAAAAAAGAACCUCACUUCAGCACAAACUUCCCCUCCUUGCAAAAGGCCUGAUGUAUGUCCCAGUGAGUAGCAAAAUCAACACCGGCAUUGAAAGCGGCCUUCAACAACUGGCACCAAACGGUAAUGAUGACUUCUUCCGCCAUCAGAUUAUCGAAACCAUCAAGAAAUCCCCCACACCACGCCCAAACCUCACUAACAAAGAGAAACAAGCGAUCACUGAACUUCUUAAAGACAAUAACAUCACCACCACAGAAGCAGAAAAAGGCAAGGCAACGGUCAUCAUGAACACCCCAGAUUUCCUCCAGCUUGUCAACAAGACCCUCUCCGACAAGACCACCUACCAAACCCUCCAGAAAGACCCCAUUGCCAAAUUAGAACAUCAGCACAAGAAGACCCUCAAGGACCUUCACCAUUUUAUAACAAUAAAUUCUAUAAGUGCAAGCGCUCCACUUCGAUACAGGAAAUACCAAGGCUGCAUAGACCCGUGAAGAUCCGGGUUGGAAUUGGUCCAUGUUUGUCGUAAGAGGCAACUAACAUAUUUCACAGAGACGUCGUUGUAAUGGUGUUGCAGGUUUUGUAUA